GACUGCGUUAGUUUGACGCGGUCCGCGGUAACAAACUCACCUGCAACGCGCGCUCAUCUUCAUUUACCAUUUACUAGUGUGAGUGACAAAAUUUAUACAGGUAUCUUUUUUGAAGACAGAAGAUGAUACGAGCAGCAGAGGCAUGCGCAUGCCCCAUCGAAGAGGUGGGGCCAGCAAUGGCAGGGUCUUGUCCGGGUCAAUUCCUACUCUUCAUGAGUAUAUUGGAGUCAUUCAUCAAUGGGCGCUGUGAUUUAGCAGACCCUUGCAACAGAAUCAAGAGCAGAGAUCAACUUGAUGAUAGCUACGACUUUGUUGUCGUGGGCGGUGGGACAGCUGGUGCAGUGGUGGCUGCAAGACUCUCAGAGAAUCCUCAAUGGAAGGUGUUACUAUUAGAAGCCGGAGGAGACGAGCCUAUUCAAUCAGCGGUGCCAUCUUGGGUGACCGCUUAUUGGGGUCGCAAUGACACAGAUUGGCGGUAUUAUACUGAGCCUCAAGAGAAAGCAUGCCUCGCCAAUGGAGGAAUAUGCUCGUGGCCGAGAGGAAAGAUGUUGGGUGGCUGUAGUGUUAUCAACGGCAUGAUGUAUAUGAGAGGUCACGCUGCCGAUUACGACGGAUGGGCUGUAAACGGCGCCGAGGGUUGGUCGUGGUUCGAUGUACUUCCACACUUCUUAAAAAGCGAAGACAAUAAGGAAAUCGGGAACGGGGUGUCUAGUCAAUAUCAUACAACUGGUGGCCUCAUGCCGGUGCAAAAGUUCCGGUAUGCGCCGCAGUUCGCUCAUGAUGUGGUCUCAGCUGCAAUUGAGCUCGGAUAUCCUCCUACUAGUGAUCUGAAUGGGGAAACGAUAACAGGAUUCACAAUCGCACAAGCUAUGAAUGAUGGAGGUUCACGCUAUAGUUCGGCUCGUGCUUUCCUCCGUCCUGCGGCACACAGGGAGAAUCUACACGUUUUGCUUAACGCCAUGGGUUCAAGGGUCAUCAUUGAUCCACUUGAAAAGAAAGUCACUGCUGUUGAGUACAUAAAAGAUGGUCAAACGAAAACAGUCGGAGUUAUAAAAGAGGCAAUACUAUCAGCAGGGACAUUGAACUCUCCGCAAAUAUUACUUCUGUCUGGAGUGGGACCAAGAGAGACCCUUGAUAAAUUUAAUAUACCAACUAUACAAGAGCUCCCAGGUGUAGGGCAAAACUUACAAAAUCAUGUCGGAGUUCAGCUCUCCUUCACAUUGACAAAGGAGCCCGAUGUGCCUGUGUUGAAUUGGGCAACCGCUAUGGAGUAUAUGCUUAACAGAAUGGGUCCCAUGUCUGGAACUGGAAUGUCUCAAUUAACAGGUAUUGUUAACUCUCGGUACGCGCCUUCGGGCGGACGUCAUCCUGACAUACAAUUCUUCUUUGGCGGUUAUUAUGCCACCUGUGGAGACGGUGUAGUACCUGAUGACGUGAAAGUGAAAGAAAUUACAGAUAAGAAGGAGAUAUCGAUAUCAGCGAUAUCUCUACAUCCACGCAGUCGCGGCUACCUCACUUUGCAGUCCGUUGAUCCAACGCAGCCACCGCUCAUGCAACCGAACUACUUUUAUGACGAGCACGAGCUGGAUGUGCUAGUUGAGGCCGCUCAAAUCGCUUAUAAACUAGCUAACACUACGAUAAUGCGUGAAAAGUAUGGAAUGACUCCAACAGAAGGAUAUGGGAGUGAAUGUGAGGGCGGUGGACUUUCUCCGACACCUGAAUUCUUUAGGUGUUUGGCGCAACAUCAAACCGCCCCUGAAAACCACCAAGUUGGUACUUGUAAGAUGGGACCGCUUACCGAUCCGAUGGCUGUAGUGGAUAUGCAGCUUAGGGUUCAUGGAAUAAAGGGUUUACGCGUGGCUGAUGCGUCAAUCAUGCCAACGGUUCCGUCAGGUAAUACGGCAGCACCUACCAUAAUGAUAGCAGAAAGAGCAGCAGAAUUUGUUACAACUAGAUACCAACAAGCGAAGAGAACGCCAGCGGAACUAGGGAAUCGUUUCGGUCACCCCAGCGACUCCAGCGCCAAUAAUGAGAACAGGCCAGGGGGAUUUGGCACAUAUAGCCAAGAAAAUAAAGAUGACAAGCUAACAGACAACGAAACAAACAAAAAUCACCAGUGGGACCAAAGAUGGAAACCUUGGGACAAAAACUGGCACGGCUGGCAUGAAUGGCACAACAAACCGAACUCAGACUGGCACAAAAACAACCCACAAGAACGAAGCCAGAGAUACUACGAUUAAAUAAAUUUGAUGUUUGUAAUAACAAAUUUAAUAAAUAAAAUACACGUUAGAAU